AUUAUAAAAAAAAAAUAAAAAAAACUUAAAUAAAAAAAUAUUUAUUUUCAAUGCAAAGGAGCCGCUGCAGUGUCAGAGGCAGAAGUUACAGAGAUUACCCACAACAAUAAUGAAAUGAGAUGCGAGAGAAAGAAAACAAAAAAAUAGAAAGUAGAACACAUAUUUUAGAUGUACGUCAGAAUUAAAUGUAAGAAAUUAAAAAUAAAAAGUAAUAAAACUGAGAGAAAAACGUAAAUAAACGCAAUUGGGAAAAACACACACACAGAGAGAGAAAAGUGACGGUAAAUUUGUAAUUGGAUAUGGAACGGGAUGGGGAAUCGAAAAGCGGUUGGCAGCACCGCCAGAUGCCACGUGCUGCGACCCUGGUCGGCAGCUGUCAAAGACGCGAGGCGACAAGGUAGAGUAAAGUAAACAAAAGCUCAAAAAGGAAAGCAAAUGCGAACAAACGCGAAGAAAACGAACCCACAGCGAUUUAUAUGUCAGCUGGCCCAAACCGAAACCGCUCGUCAGGGGGCAGGCACUACUGUCAAAUAUCUGGGGCUACCGAUUCGGAAAACAGACGCAGAUAGCGACGCGCGUGAAAAAGCAAAUUCGUUGAAAAUUAUAAACGCGAUAAUACAAAAAAAAGCCGGAAAAUCAAAACCGAAACUCGAAAUACAAUUCGACUUAGUGUUAAGAUCUGAUCAUCACUCCUUGCUGACCAAACACUCCUUCCGGCCAUGGAGCGUACUGCAGUGCCGCGUGGCAAACGCCCACGGGUUCAGGUCUCCAUGGACGACAAAGAGCGUGCCAUAGCACGCAUACGCAAUGGCGAGACCAAGGCUGGCAUCUCACGUGAAUUGGGCGUGCCAGAGUCGACGGUGCGUGGGUGGGUGAAGCGAGCCGAUCAGCGCAUGGCCCGCGAGGCUGGAGAAGGCCCCGAGACUGUGUCGCCGCCCUCGCUGGUGGCGCAUUCACUGAAGCUGCCCGCCAAGCGGGAUCACAAUGGCCAGCAGCGGACACGCUCCAUAGCGCCGAUGACCGUGGCCGUGCCGCUGCCCAUGCAGCUCUUCCAGCAGGCCGCCAACAGCCAGCUGCAGCUCAAUGGCUGGCUGCACAUAUUCAAUGCGGGCAUUCUCAACUUUACGCUGAUCGCCACCGCGGCCUACCUGCGAGCGCGCGUGCGCGGCACCACGGAUCGCCAGUCGCUCUGGCAGAUCAUCUGUGAGUAUGUGGACGAGGCUGGGCGCAAUGUGGCCGCCAAUGGUGGACAGUAUGUGGCAGCCGGAGGCGGAGCGACAGCAACAGCAAUAGCAACAGCAACAGCAGCAGCAGCAGCGGGCGCAACAGCGGCGGCAGCAGCAGCAGCGGCAGCGGCAGCGGGCAGCGCAUUCAGUCGACAGCUUAACUCAUCGCCGGCCAUGGGCCGCAAUGGCGGCAGCUUUGUGGCGCCGCGACUGCACAUCACGGCGGAGGACGACGAGGAUGCCAGCCUAGAGGCCGAGCUAGAGCCGAGUCCAUGACGACCGAAUCGAUUCGAUUUAUGUACAUGUAUAUGCAAAUAAAACGCCUGUCAAUGGGAUUAUGUUG